GACGAGCCGCGCCGAGCGGACGGCGAGGGCGCUGGUGUCAGUCCGGAGACUAUGGACAAGUAUCAGAUUUUGGAUCAAUUGAAUCCUGGAGCCUUGGGAGUGAAUCUGGUUGUGGAGGAAAUAGAAACUAAGGAGAAGCUCUUGAUAAAACAGGUGGAAUGCAUCGAUGAGCAUCAUGCCAACGAGGCUCUGGAGGAGCUGAUGCCUCUGCUGAAGCUCCAGCAUGCCCACAUCUCCGUGUACCAGGAGCUCUUCAUCAUGUGGAACAGAAAGAUCUCCUCUCUGUUCCUCUGCAUGGUAAUGGAAUACAGCAAGGAAACCCUGCUGGAUGUCAUUGAGAAUAAGAGGAAGAAAAGGGCGGCCAUAGACGCCGGGUGGAUGCAGGACAUUCUUGGCCAGGCCAUGGACGCUCUGGAUUACCUGCACCAGCUGGGCAUCAUUCACAGGAACCUCAAACCCUCCAACAUCAUCAUCAUAGGCAACACCCAGUGCAAACUUGAGGACCUCAGCUCCCACACGCUGAUGACCCACGAGGCCAAGUGGAACAUUCGUGCGGAGGAAGACCCCUGUCAGAAGUCGUGGAUGGCCCCCGAAGCCCUCAACUUCUCCUUCAGCCAGAAAUCUGACAUCUGGUCCCUGGGCUGUAUCAUUCUCGAUCUGAUCUGCUGCUCCUUCCUAGAUACCACAGAGGCCAUGAACCUGCGGAAGUCCCUCCAGACCGGAGGUAACCUGAAAGACAUUCUGAAAGACAUCUUGGACCGGAAGGUCCCCAGUGCAGAGACUUCCUGCUCCCUUCUGCCACUUAUGCUGCAGAUCAGCCCGUCCAAUCGAAUCUCUAUAAGGCAGGUCAUACACAUCACCUUCACGGACAGCUCGUCCAGGCCGCCCCGAGUCAUGCUGACCCUGCAACAGCAGGUGGUGCCCAUGGCCGUCACUGACAUGCUCUUACAAGGCAACCUGGGCAGCAUUUUAGAGGUCAUGCAGAACUUCUCCAGCAGCCCCGAAGUCCAGUUCAGGGCCAUGAAGAAACUAAUGACCAUGUCGGAUGAUGAGCUAGGCCUGCCAUGGCCCAUGGAGAUGGUGAUGUCAGUGACUGCCAUCAUGAAGCAGCACCAGAGGAUCCUAGAGCUGCAGCUGUGCACCUGGUCCCUACUGCUGCAUGUCAUGGGCCAAGCACUGAUGCAAGGUGAUGAGGCACAGGCAGCAAAGACGCAGUGGGACAGCUCCAUCAUCGUCUACCUGCUGAGCACCAUGCGGAGCCACCCCGACUCCGUGCAGCUCAUCACCACGGGCCACAGCAUCCUCACCAUCAUCUCCAGCCAGGGCGCUGUCUCCGAGGAGAUGCAGAAGGCGGGACUGAUUGAGCUGCUCCUGGAGCACCUGAACCGCUACGCCAAGGACAGGGAUGUCUGCCUCCGUGCCCUGGGCCUACUCUGGUCCCUCCUCGUGGACGCCGUCAUUGUGGACAAAGGCCCACUGGACCAGAUCCCUGCCCUGGUCAUCCAGCAACUGGCCACCCACCCUGAGGAUGGGGAGAUGGCUGAGGCAGGCUGCGCGGUGCUCUGGCUGCUGUCCUUACUCGGCUGCAUCAAGGAGUCGCAGUUUGAGGCUGUGGUGACGCUGUUGCUGCAAAGCAUCCGGCUGUGCCAGGACAGAGUGCUGCUGGUGAACAAUGCCUUCCGGGGCCUGGCCAGCCUCACCAAGAUGUCAGAGCUGGUGGCCUUCCAGGUGGCAGUGCUGGAGGUGGAAGGCAGUGGGCUCUGGCUCCUGCGGGACAUCUACCAGCUCUACAAGGAUGACCCGGAGGUGGUGGAGAACCUGUGCAUGCUGCUGGCCUACCUUGCUUCUUACAAGGAGAUUGUAUCAGAGCUGGAGUCCGGGGGCAUCAGGGCCCUGGCCCAGGAGAUGGUGGAACGUUUCACCUCCAGCCUGGAGCUGGUCGCAUACGCAACCACCGUGCUCCAGAGGCUGGAUGAAGUUAAACCCCAGGUGAAACCCAGCCCCCCCUCAGGGGAGACAGAGGUCCCCAGGGACCUGCAGGUGGCACCCUCCUCUCAGAAGUAGAACCUCCCUGGGGAGGUUUCGGGGAGGGUCACCAAGCCAGUACACCCCAAUCACACCCUUCACGACUAAUAAAAAUGCCAAGGCUC